ACUGAUUGUGUUUGAGUAAGUAACGGCUCAGCUGACGGGACGGUGUCUCCUCGAGCAUGUGUUUAAUGAGGACAGAGCCGAGCAGACCUGACCAAGACACUCGCCAUGACUACGCCGUUUUCUCCUCCGCUUUACAUGCAGCGAUACCAGUUUGUUAUCGACUAUGUGAAAACUUACCGACCUAAAAAGGUCAUCGAUUUCGGAUGCGCAGAAUGUUGCUUACUAAAAAAGCUUAAGUUUCACCGCAACGGUAUACAGUUACUCGUGGGAGUUGAUAUCAACAGCGUCGUCCUCCUGAAGAGAAUGCACACAUUGGCUCCACUUAUAAGUGAUUAUCUACAGCCAAGUGAUGGGCCUUUGACCAUUGAGUUGUAUCAAGGCUCUGUCACAGAAAGGGAGCCCUGCACCAGAGGAUUUGAUCUUGUGACGUGUGUGGAGUUAAUCGAACACCUGGAGCUUGUGGAGGUGGCAAGCUUUUCUGAGGUGGUGUUUGGCUACAUGUCACCAGGUGCCGUGAUAGUAAGCACACCAAACGCAGAGUUCAACCCACUGCUGCCGGGCCUGAGAGGCUUCAGGAACUAUGACCACAAGUUCGAAUGGACCAGAGCAGAGUUUGAAAGUUGGGCUCACAAGGUGUGUAGAGACUAUGGCUACUCCGUGCAUUUCACGGGAGUUGGAGAAGCUGUUGGCCACUGGAGAGAAGUGGGAUUCUGCACCCAGAUUGCCGUGUUCCAGAGGAAUUUCCAUGAUUCCAUGAGCAAUGCUGAACGCUUGGAACCCUCAGUCUAUAGACUGAUGUACAAAGUAGUGUAUCCGAGCCUAAGUGAUAACAACAUCUACCAGAGAACUUUAGUUAAUGAAGUCUUGUAUGAGGCACAACACCUGAGACAGGAAUGGCUCAGCAGAAUGGACUCCAGCAAUAAUGCACACUUCUGUGCUCCUCCAUUAAUGCACUUAUUCCAGCAUGGGGCUGAAGGAGGUACACCUGACUGGCAGCCUGUCUACCAGCAAGGUGGCACAAUUUGUGUUCCUUUGGCAUGUGUGUGGUCCAGUCCCAGAGUGAGAGUGCUUUGUGGGAGCGUGCAGCGUCUCCGGGAGGAACUGCUGGAGGAUGAGCGAGUGAGGAUGAGCGCUGAUGGAACGGUGCUAAACCUGCCUGCUGCUGAUGCUGAGGAGGCAGAGGAGAAGGAGGAGGUGGAGGAAGAGGAAGAUGUGAAAGCAGUAUCAGUUGUAGCAAACAGUGUGGAGGAGGACUGGGAUAGGGAGCUUGGGUGUUAUGGAAAUAUAUAACAGAUUCAGAAAGCUUUGUAACCACAAUAAAAGAAAGAAAGCUGCACUUAAGAUGUUUUUCAUUUUUGACUGUAAGUGUAGAAUCAUCAUUAUGACAUAUUUCAAUUAAAUGGCCAAAUCUGUGAUCGAUGAAGAAGACAAUCAUUAAACAUGCCAUUAAUAAAAAUGCAAAUAUGUGACACCA